UAAUUGUUAUAUUUUUUGUUUUUUUAAAAUAACAUAAAUAAAGGGAUAACUUAGAUUUCAAUUUUUUGUUAUAAUGGGGAAGAAAAUAAUUAAAAAAAUUAGGUAUUAGAAAAAAAAAAUUUCCGAGAUAAUGUAUUCUGACGGAACAAAAAAUCUCAGUAGUGCUUCUUUCGGGUCUUCGCCAAAAGCUCAUUUAAAAACUUUUUCAACUAUUAUGACACCCACGAGUGCCAAGAUUGAUCGCGAUUCCAUCAUUGAUUCUAACGGCAAACUAACUGCCACUUACGUGAAUUGGCUCAAUUCUUUUCCGAGUAUCAAGGAUUCUGAUUCUCAGAGGCAAAGUUUUAAGCACUGCUUGAAAAAUUUCAUAUUUCCAUAUCAUUCUAUCAUAAAAAACAAAAGGAUAUGCCCUCCAACCUUCGAUGGGUAUGGUUGCUGGAAUCAAACUUUACCGGGCACCAGAACUUUCAUAGAUUGUCCAGAUUAUGUCACGGGAUUCGAUCCACAAAGGAAAGCAUUUAAAGACUGCUUACCUGAUGGCACGUGGUACAAGCAUCCCUUCACUAAUAAAACUUGGUCCAAUUAUACUACUUGUAUAGACAUAGGAGAUUACGAGCUCAGGAAGAAAGUGAUAAAUCUAUACAUCAUUGGAUAUUCAAUAUCGCUCAUUUUUAUACUCCUUGCAAUUUUCAUAUUUUGGAAAUUCAAAACUUUAAAUUGCACAAGAAUUCGCAUUCAUCAACAAUUAUUCAUUUCGUUCAUUGGUAACAAUCUCUCUCGCAUAAUUUUGCAUUCCUUGACUAUGAAUCCUGCUAUAUUACUACAAAAUCAAGUUUCAUGUCAGGUCCUUCAUAUAAUCGCUCAAUAUUUUAUGACGUGCAAUUACAUGUGGAUGUUCUGCGAGGGCCUCUACCUUCAUACUCUUAUUAUAAUGGCUCUUAGAAAUCUUAAACACAUCCUAUCUUAUUUAUGCAUAGUAGGAUGGGGUUUGCCCUUCAUUAUGAUUAUAGCGUAUAUUACAAUGAGGAAGCUCUAUCAGCAAACUUUAUCGUGUUGGACUAACGAAUCAAAAUUCAAAUGGAUAAUUAACGGACCUAUAAUUAUCUCAAUGAUAUUAAGUUUUGUAUUCCUUUGCAAUAUCAUACGGAUUCUCGUGGCCAAAUUAACAUCGAUCAAUAGCGCAGAGAGACAUCAAACCAGCAAAGCCGUUAAAGCGACGUUGAUAUUAUUACCUCUAUUGGGAAUUCACUUUUUGGUGAUGCCCAUUCGUCCACCCAAAGGGUCCCAUUGGGAGGCACCUUACGAAUAUUUUUCUGUAAUCUUGGUAUCUUUCCAGGGAUUGUUUGUUGCUGGAAUAUUCUGCUUUCUGAACGGAGAAGUGAUAAACUGUCUCAAAACUGCUUUCAAUUCAUCCUCAUGUAUUCCUUCAAAUAAAACCAAAUAUAGUCAAGUUACUAUGAAAAAUUUGUCCAACACUACUACCGCUUCUUCUAUCUGAAUCUACACAAUUUUUUUUUAAAAAAAUGGAAUAAUUAGUGAAUGCAAUAUUUUGUUAUUUGUUAUAGUUAUAUAUUUAUAGUAUUAUAUAUUGUAAAUUGUAUUUGUAGAUAAAGUUACGUUUAUAAUUAUUAUUUAUAAUUAUACAAAUUUAUAUUAAUAUA